GGAAGCUUCCUUCGCCGCCGGCCGCCCGCUUCCGCCUCGGAGCAGCUGGGCAGGGGGGCCGGCCUCGGCGCCUUCCCGCCGCGGGGCCGGCUCUCGCCGUUCCCCCUCGGUAACGCCCCCGCCCCGGCCCCCUCCGUGCUCGGGACGCCCCGGGGCCGCGUGGCCGCUGCCGCCCCGGCCCCGCUGGCCCUCGCUCGGUGGCGGGCCUGCCCGGCCGGCCCUGUGGACGCGUCUGUCCCGGCCGGCCCGGGCCCCUUCUGGGGCGGAGAGGGGGAAGGAAUCUCACGGUCUGGGAAGAACAACAAGUAUCUGACGUGUAGGGCAGUAUUGGAGCAGCCUACCUAAUGAUCCACCUUCCUGACUCUUCCUAACUUAAAGCCUGGAAUAUAAAAAGUGAUUUAAAUGCCAUAGCAUGUUUGAAAUCGAGCUGUCCUUCCAUGGAAUACUCAUGGCCUGAGGAAAAUGUCACAGGGCUGCCAUCUCUUCUCACCAGGAGAAUAGAGAAAAGGAAUCCUUGAAUUACAGCAGAUAAUUCUGACUCAGUCUGUGCCUAUUUGAGGGGACCUGUUGGAAUUAUGUGGUACACUCAGUAUCUCCAGAUUGUAAAAUUGACACUGAAAAAUAGCUGCCAACGAAGUGUUUCUCACCAUGGCCAUAACACAGUUUCGACUUUUUAAAAUCUGUACUUGCCUGGCAGCAGUGCUUUCUUUCAUUAAAAAGUUAAUAUGCAGGUCUGGAAGAGGGAGAAAGUUAAGUGGAGACCAAAUAACUUUGCCAACUACAGUGGAUUAUUCAUCUGUUCCUAAACAGCCAGAAGUAGAAGACUGGUCUUCAUGGGAUGAAGAUGCUCCUACCAGUGUGAAGAUUGAAGGUGGCAAUGGUAAUGUGGCUGCUCAGCAAAAUCCUUUGGAACAAAUGGAACCUGAUUAUUUCAAAGAUAUGACACCAACUAUAAGAAAAACUCAAAAAAUAGUUAUUAAGAAAAGAGAUCCUUUAAAUUUUGGGGUUCCAGAGGGAAACACAGGAUUCUCUAGCAGAUUAGCAGCUACACAAGAUAUUCCUUUCAUUCACCAGUCUCCUGAACUGGGAGACUUGGAUACUUGGCAAGAGAAUACUAAUGCCUGGGAAGAAGAGGAAGAUGCUGCCUGGCAGGCAGAAGAAGUUCUUAGACAACAGAAGAUGGCAGAAAGGGAAAAAAGAGCAGCAGAACAACAACGAAAGAAAAUGGAGAAAGAGGCCCAAAGGCUAAUGAAAAAGGAACAAAAUAAAAUUGGUGUAAAAUUGUCCUAACAGAAACCAGGCAUCAGUGGCAGCGAAAAAGAAUUUCAGCUCUGCAACAUUCAUAUUGGUAUUGGUUUCAGUAUUUCUGGGACUUCAACACACUGCUUGGUUUCAAUGCAUUCUUCAGGUCUUCUUCAGGAUUCUCCCAAAAUAUCUUGAACUACUAGUAGGUGGUUCUUAAAGGAGGAAAAACCCCACAGAAAAUCAUGCCUUGAUGGAAUGGUGUUUCUUGCAAUAGUUCUAUUCCAGCACCCUUCUUUGCAGCAAAAGCGACUGAGCAAGGAUAUUGAUUGAAAGACACUCUUAAUGAACAGCUCAAGCCUAGAGAAAAGAAUGUAAAUAUUCAGUGGUGGGAAAUCUACUGUAUUGUCUGUGCUUACCUGAAACAUGUAAUUAAACAGUUUUAAAGAA